UCACAUGAUCGCGUUGGGAGCCCAACCAGGAAAUCAUGGGUUGUUUAGAGUGAAAGAAGAGCAGCAGAUGCUUUAAUCCUCGUUUCCGACCAUGUCUCUCCACAAACACAGCUGUUUGUUGGUUUUGGCAGUGUUUAACAUUUACCCUGCUGUGUUUGGCGACGGAGUGAACCUCGCCGUUUCAGAUCCAGCGGACAAACCGAGACAAACCUCGUCUUUGAGCCCUGCUGUUGUGGUCAACCCGCCUCCAGAUCCCCUCUUCUCCCUGAAUCUGCUCUCUUCUCUGCCCGAGGACCCGGAGAUCAGUGACUACUGCAGCGAGCUGCUCCACAUCUUCGGACAGCUGUAUGUGGACUAUGUGACGUGUUUGGUUCCCGCCGCUCGACCUGUUAAGGUUUGCCAGAAUUGUUACUCCAGUUUUGGCAGUCUCAAGAACAUCUACACAAACAUCUCAUCAGACCAGGAGGGUCCUGGUAAUGUGAGCUGCAGGGACAGCCUUCUGCGCAGUGACCGGCUGAUGCUGGUUUACCUGAUGUACAGCAACCUGGUGGGCAUUUGGAGCAAAUCGGCCUGUGACAACUGUAUCACUGAAGGAGGGCAGAGCCUGACCAAUGACACGCUGUUCUUCUUGACCACCCACAACCAAACUCUCACCUGCUUUGAGAAGUAUAAAGAGGGGAACCAUUCACAGCUGUGCACAAACUGUAAGAGCCCAUACAAAGACCUGAAUGAACUGUACAGCGGCAUGGAGAAGAAUCAGACUUUGUGUAUUGACAUAGAGGAUGCGAUGAAUAUGACCCGCCGACUGUGGAGUAAGUAUUACAAUUGUUCCUUCCCCCGCGAGGAGACGGUGCCUGUCAUUGCUGUGUCCAGCUUCAUGCUCUUUCUGCCCAUCAUCUUCUACUUGAGCAGCUUCCUUCACUCUGAACAAAAGAAACGCAAGCUCAUACACCCCAAACGGGCAAAGUCAUACGCCAGCCUGAUGAACAUCCAGGACAAACUGAGCUGAAGAGGAGACAGGAGAUGACGAACAUGGAGGAAGGCGUUCUUUUAUUAAAAGCUCAAACCUGGGAGAAGAUCUGACUUCCUUACUGUGUUGUGCUUGAGAUUUGACUGAACUCCAUGAAUGUAGAGGACUCAACAGCAGCUGUUUUUUCCCCCAGGACACUGUGAUAUAAGUCAGUCUUCUUCAGAGGUCUUGAAGGAUCUAGAUCCAUGAAGUUGAAUGCGAAAUGCUUCGGGCCCAUUAAACCAUUACGCUUUUUUAUACCUCUAAAACCUUCUCAAAAUGUAGUAAACGGCGUUGGAUCACAUUAAAGAAAAAACUGAACAGAUUUUUACAGAUUUCUAGCAAAACAAAUGUUGAAAAAAAUAUAGAAAUUAUGCACACACUGUGUAUGAAUCUGCCUCCCACUGCCAUAGUUUAAAACCAGCUUUAUUUAGUGUCAUGUUGGGACAUUUUGGAUCUCUAUUAAGCAGGACCUGUGUUGGAAUCAAAGCCUGUCUAACUUUAUAAACUACUAAUCAGAUGCUUGUUCAUGUUGCUGCACGGUACGCUUGUAAUCCUCACACAGAUCCUGGCCUCGCCUUCCUUUCAACUCGUUAACGAUCUUCAGGUUGUUCACUGUCACUAGAAAGAGUGAGUGGCUUGAAUGCAGUGCGUGCAUGUGCGUGUGUGUGCAAGUGAGCUAAUGUGUGUAUGUGCUCCAUUUAUGGGUCGAGAAAUGGGUUUUUCUGUCUCUAAUGUAUGUCCCGAAAGGAGCUGCAAAAAGGAAGCACUUGAUGUCCAUUAGUGGUGACAUGUAUCUGCUGUAAGGAGAGGGGGUGCACAUCAGUGGGGUGGGGGAGUAAAUAAAGACAUAACACACAUAAUGUAAGAGCACUCUAAAGUACCACACUAUGAUGUUACCUGUUUUCCAGUCAGUGUUUUUUUGUGGUUGCAUUAAGCUUUUAAUGCGCUUUGUUGUCGUUUUCCACUGAUGUUUAACUUAAUUUGUUAAGGGUUUCUGACUGCUCAUGACGGUGAAGUCUCCUUUAGGAAUUACGGGUGUUGAAUUGAUGAAUUUGCCUAUUAGAAAUGCAUUUGUUGUGAAGAAAUGUACACCUAAUUAUGAAUGCAUACGCCCCAAAUAAAUAUUUGUAUGCCAGAAACAA